CGGUGGCGCGUGCUGACAAUAUGCGCGCGCGGUUAUGUCCGAUCCGACUACUGUGAGUGGUGUCGUCGCGAGUGGAUGUUGAUCUCCAAUUGAUCUUCUUAACAGAGCGGUGCAAUAAAAUGAGAAACUUGAACAUUGUUCUAUUCGCGAUCGUUUCGACGAUCGCACUCGCGGUGAACCAAGGAUAUGUCUCCGCUCAAGAGGAUGAGAAUAUCGAUGAUAUCGUUGACGUCGAGGGUGAAGAAGGUAGUAUAAUCACCGACGAAGAGACCGAGGAAGAUGCUACUAAUGCUUCGGCCGACGCCGACACAACGAUACUUUUCACUAAACCUCUUCACAAUACACUCUCUACUCUUGAAUUACCAGCUGGAAACAUAGUAGAGUUUCUCGUGGGCUUCACCAACAAGGGUGAAAACGACUUUGUGUUGGAGUCUCUGGACGCUUCUUUCCGUUAUGCAAUGGACUUUAAUUUUUACAUUCAAAACUUUUCCACCUUUACGUUUAACAAGAUUGUCAAGCCCAAGCACGAAGCUACUCUAGCCUACUCUUUCGUACCAUCCGAAAGUUUUGCUGGCAGGCCAUUCGGCUUGAACGUUAACCUCAAUUAUAAAGAUGCGAAUGGAGUUUCCUACAAUGAGGCCGUCUUUAAUGAAACCAUACAAAUUAUAGAGCUAGACGAUGGUCUUGAUGGAGAGACUGUUUUUCUUUACGUAUUCCUCGCGGCAUGCGUUAUAUUGACUCUUGUAGGAGGUCAACAAUUGUUAUCAUCCCUGGGACGCAGAUCGCGUUCUUCCACUACUCGUAAAGCCCCAGUGGAAAUGGGUACAUCUAAUCCUAACAAUGUAGAUUACGAUUGGUUGCCAAAAGAAACUCUCAACAGAAUCAAUAAAUCUCCUAGACCUCCAAAGCAAAGCCCGAGGCAAAGGAAAACAAAAAGGACAACUGGUUUCGAUGAUUGAACUAUAUAUACAUAUUUAUUCUCUCAUCACGAAACAGAUUACACCAGCAAGAGAUAUCCACUUUCGAUAAGUGAGACGGAACACGCGAGUUUCUCAAUGGGUUUUUAACAAGAUACUAUUGUGGAGAAAGCUAUAUUCUAUAAUGUUGCAGAAUACGUUGAUAUACUUGCAAAAUCAAUAGAACGAUAUCACCAUUUUGUUUUUGCACAAAACUCAUGCGUAGCUGCAUAGUGUACUUGGAAUGACGAAUUGUGUAUUUUUCAGAUUCAUCGUUCAUUUUUCAUCGCCACGAAUAACAUGAUUGCGUGUGUGCGUAACAGAUAAAACUUUGUUAUUCCGUAAUAAGUAUGUAAAAAUUCAAUAAAACCUUUUCUACCAAGA